ACAGAAGAUAGCCCGACUAGUUCUACAUUUCGAUGCUCUCACUCCGUCCUCGGUCACAUCGUUUUUUGGACAAAAAUUAAGAACCCCCCCCCGAGCCCAUCCUACCACAAGUUUCAGCAUACAGGACUCACGUACGUUUAACCUACGACCAUCGCUUGAAUAUGAAUUGUUCCUAGCUUACUUUGACGUUAGUUACGACUGAUCCGUAAAACUGUUGUGUAACUUUAAAACUACUGGUUUCCUUAAAACGUCACAAUAUCCCGACCGCACUCGACAUCCGGAGGUAGAUUUGAAUUCUAGCGUCGUUUCCGCGAGAUAAAACAAAAAAAAAACAGUUCGCGACAUUCACCGAGCUCCCGAGGGUUACCGGGUGAAAGGUGACGUCGCCGAGGUGCGUCGACUCGUAGGAAUGCACAAUGCGGCGAGUGUCUCAGCCUCUCUGGGGUCCGUGGGACUGUUGCGUCUCUUCGGGGUGUCCUGGUCCUGGAGUCUGGCCGCAGGCCUCGGGGUUUAUCUGGGCACGAAAAGUUGGAAAUACUUCUACAUCGCAGCAUGCACAGCCAAGAGAGACGUCAAUGGCCUCUACGUGCUGAUGAGAGUGAAGAUGGCUCUGUGGCGCUACAUGCGCAACGGAAGUAACAUUCCUUCCAUAUUCGCCCAGACCGUCAAAAGACACCCAAACAAACCAGCACUCAUCUACGAGGCCACAGGGGAGACGUGGACGUUCACCCAGCUGGACGAGAUGUCUAAUAAAGUGGCCCACUGGGCAAGGGGUCAGGGCUGGGUCUCAGGCGACGUGGUGGCCCUCUUCAUGGAAAGCAGGCCUUUACAGGUGGCGCUUUGGCUGGGCCUGGCCAAGGUUGGGGUGGAAGCUGCGCUCAUCAACUUCAACCUCCGCCAUGACUCGCUCAUGCACUGUAUCGGGGCGUCUGGCUCACGCGCUGUUGUGUUCGGAGCCGAGCUCGCUGAAGCCAUAUUGGAGGUCGGCUCCUCCAACACCAUGUCCAUGCUGCGGUUUAGUACAGGAGACCUCAGUGCGGAACAUCUGGAACGACUGGGUGCUCAACCUUUGGAUCCACUUUUAGCGUCUUCACCUAGACAUCCUCCUUCACCCUGUGUUCCCCACAAAGGCAUGAACGACCGCCUAUUUUAUAUUUACACCUCCGGCACCACAGGACUGCCCAAAGCUGCCAUUGUGGUACACAGUCGCUACUACAGAAUUGCUGCUUUUGGGUAUUUUGCCUUUCGCAUGAGUCCCGUCGACAUCAUCUAUGACUGCCUGCCUCUCUAUCACUCAGCAGGUAAUAUCAUGGGCGUUGGUCAGUGUCUGAUCCACGGCCUCACUGUGGUAGUGAAGAAGAAAUUCUCUGCCAGCCGCUUCUGGGAAGAUUGCAUUAAGUACAACUGCACUAUAGUGCAGUAUAUUGGGGAAAUCUGCCGCUACCUACUCUCUCAGCCAGUGCGGCCUUCAGAAAAGGGCCACAAAGUCCGGCUGGCGGUGGGAAACGGGCUGCGCCCCAGUGUGUGGGAGGCCUUCACGGAGCGGUUCGGCGUGAAGCAGAUUGGUGAAUUCUAUGGAGCCACAGAGUGCAACUGCAGCAUUGCCAACAUGGAUGGCAAGGUGGGAGCCUGCGGAUUCAACAGUCGCAUCCUGCCCAACGUCUACCCAAUCCGUCUGGUGAGGGUGGACGAGGAGACCAUGGAGCUGGUCCGUGACACCCGGGGGCUCUGCGUGCCUUGCCGCCCUGGGGAGCCAGGACUGCUGGUGGGUCGUAUCAACCAACAGGACCCAUUGCGGCGUUUUGAUGGCUACGCCAACCAGGACGCUACGAGGAAGAAGAUCGCUCACAAUGUCUUCAAGAAAAAUGAUUCUGCAUAUCUAUCGGGUGACGUGCUUGUGAUGGACGACAUGGGCUACAUGUACUUCCGUGACCGCAGCGGGGACACGUUUCGCUGGCGAGGAGAAAACGUCUCUACCACCGAGGUGGAAGGUGUCCUCAGCAGCCUCCUGGGUCAGACCGACGUGGCUGUGUACGGCGUGGCCGUGACAGGUGUGGAAGGGAAGGCAGGCAUGGCUGCCAUUGCAGACGCCACAAGGAAUUUUGACUGCAACAGUUUCUUACAGAAAAUCCAGUCAGCUCUUCCCUCGUAUGCGCGGCCCGUUUUCCUGCGGAUCUCCCCACAUGUGGACACCACGGGUACAUUUAAAAUCCAGAAGACAAGGCUGCAGAGGGAGGGAUUCGACCCACGUCUCACCACUGACCAGAUCUACUUUUUGAACUCCAGAGCUGCAUGUUAUGAAGCAGUAGACGAGGAGCUUUACAAUACAAUAACGGAGGGAAGAGCGUCUCUAUGACAUGGAGGCUCAGACGAAGGGCUGCUGUAGAGCAAGGAUAACGUAUGCAAACGCUGGUGUCAGGAUCAGUCAGUGUUAAUGCACUAAAUUUUAACCUCCACGGGGAACAUAGUCACAACAACCACUUACAUAGAAUUACUUUUAGAAUUAUUACAGAUGCGGUUUUAACACAGUAUGAGUAACACACCAGGACGUAGUAAGAGGGCAUUUUUUGUAUAACUUUUUUUAAUUAUGAAAUGAACACCUCAAAAUAAUUGAGCACCGCCGCACAGUCUCCCUAAACAACCUGAAUGACAUAGGAUACAUGUUACAGUAAUGUGCUUAGGAAAGAAACACUUUAUUAAUAUGUUGCAAGACCAUUACUUUGUAGGUUUAGUCAAAGCUACGGGUUACUGAUGUAGGGUUGGAUAAGUCUGAAAGACUGGACUUCAACAUGCCGUACGUAGGGCUACUUGAUAAACACUAACCGUAGGUCUCUUUUUGUUUAAUACAAUGGAAAACCCUUUUCACUUUUCCUGAUAUAACCCUCCGAUCAACAUUGGCAAACACACAAGUUACUAAAUGUGCCUUAUAUGAAACAAUGGACCUGUGUUUCAUUUUUGAAAUGCUUCUCUUGAAGAGGAGCUCAAAAAAAUGUGAAAUCACUGUUGUGAUUUAGUGUCAUGCAAAGCAGUCAGCCGACUGUUGUUUUAUGUAACAAAGCAAUGUAGUAAUAUAUUGGUGUUAGCUAUUUACAAUUACAGAUUUUACAGGCUACAAGUUUGUCUUAACUCAAACACAUUAAAAUGAAAUAUUUAAAAAC